CAAGCCGUGCGCAAUUUUAGCCAUACACAGAGAAGGAAAUAACGGUCGCAUACUGUGUAUAAUACGUUUGCGAACUUUCAUUGUGCUGUCACCCUGAUUCUCGCCCCCCUAAGGCCUCAUCAUGGUCAGGUCUUACAAUAAAUACGAGCAGACGGAUGCCUUUGGAAUCGUCGCUUCCGGAUCCUGUAAUAUCGUUUGGUCACCCGAAGGCCCUACACAAUCUGGAACGAGCCGUUCUGCCGGUUCUGGUCGAGCCUAUUCCGCAGCCAACGAAGAGGUGUUAUGCUGGGAUGUGAAGAAAGGAGAACUCAUAAGCCGGUGGCGAGACUCUUCGUGUACCGAAGAAGUAACAGUCAUUACCCGGAGCGAAGUAGACCCAGAUGUUUUCGCCGUUGGCUAUGCCGAUGGAAGCAUCCGAAUCUGGGACUCCAGGACCGCAACAGUCAUAAUAAGCUUCAACGGACACAAAACUGCAGUCACAACACUUGUCUUCGACAAGUCAGGCGUUCGAUUAGCUAGUGGAUCAAGAGACACUGAUAUUGUGAUCUGGGACUUAGUAUCUGAGGUCGGCCUUUUCAAGCUUCGUGGUCACAAAGGACAAAUUACUGGAUUGCGAUUUCUAGAUACCAUAAAACCCACCGAGGACAAUGAUUCGGAGGAAGUGCAACCGGACUCACAAUCCGAUCAGGCGUUCUUGCUUUCUACGAGCAAGGAUGCCCUGAUAAAGAUCUGGGAUGUGAACACACAGCACUGCAUAGAAACGCAUAUCGCACAAACGAAUGGAGAAUGCUGGUCUUUGGGUGUCUCUGAAGACGGUUCCGGAUGUAUGACGGCUGGAAACGAUGGUGAAUUGAAGAUAUGGUCCAUCGACUUGGAAGGCCUCAGACGAGCAAGCUCCACAAUUGGUGAUGGGGCAGAUUAUCAUAUACUCCAUCAACGUGGAACGCUAUAUCGUCAACAUAAGGACAGGACACUGGGGAUAUAUUUCCAUCCAAAGGGGGACUAUAUCGCCGUUCACGGCUCUGAGAAGGCUGUGGAAAUUUGGAGAAUAAGAUCCGAAGGCGAAGUUCAAAAGAGCUUAGCAAGGAAGCGCAGAAGGAAGCGAGAGAAAGCCAAGCAAGAAAGCAACGGUGAUAUCACGCAAGAUGUUGACGCUGCCGAGGAGAAGACAACGAUCGCCGAUGCAGAGAUUGGAGAAGUCAUAGUACCCUAUGUGACCGUACGAACAGCUGGAAAAGUCAGAUCCACAUCUUGGGUCCAAGCGCGAGGGAAGAAGUUGCGAUUACUCGUCGGAACCACCAACAAUCUUAUCGAUAUGUAUGACGUUCCCCAUGCUGGAAAAUCGAAAAAUGAUGAGGCACCAGAGUAUACCCGAACCUUUUCUGUGGAACUCUCUGGACAUAGGAACGAUGUGCGAGCAUUGGCCCUCAGCUCAGACGACCGAAUGCUGGCCUCUGCCUCUAGUGGUGGCCUCAAGAUCUGGAAUAUUCGAACGCAGAGCUGCCUAAGGACAUUGGAAUGUGGUUAUGCGCUUUGCUGUGCUUUCCUUCCCGGUGAUAAGAUCGUGCUAGUAGGAACAAAGGAAGGCGACCUUGAGCUCUACGACAUCGCUGCUUCGUCACUCCUUGAUAGGAUCGAUGCACACGAGGGCGCUAUCUGGACUCUACAGGUUCAUCCAGAUGGAAAGUCCGUGGCAACAGGAAGCGCGGACAAAUCUGUUAAAUUCUGGAACUUUGAGAUCGCACAGGAAGAAAUUCCUGGAACUAAACGUACCACUCCUCGCCUCAAGCUUGUACAAUCACGCGCUUUAAAAGUUACCGAGGAUGUCUUGAGCAUCCAAUUUUCUCCUGAUGCUCGGUUACUCGCUGUUUCGACGUUGGACAACACUGUCAAAGUGUUCUUUGUUGACUCACUAAAGCUGUUCCUCAAUCUUUAUGGCCACAAACUCCCUGUCCUCAACAUGUCUAUAUCGAGUGACAGCAAGCUCAUCGCGACUUGUAGUGCGGACAAAAAUGUCAGAAUUUGGGGUCUCGAUUUUGGAGAUUGUCACAAAGCGUUAUUUGGCCACGAAGACAGCAUCAUGCAAAUCGCAUUUAUUCCGCACCCGGUCGAACAAGACGAGAAACACAUUUUCUUCAGUGCAAGCAAAGACAAGAUGAUCAAGAGCUGGGAUGGAGACAAGUUCGAACAGAUCCAAAGGUUCAAGGGCCACCAUGGCGAGAUCUGGGCUAUGACUGUAGCACGUACAGGAGACUUUAUAGUUUCUGCGUCACAUGACAAGAGCAUUCGGAUCUGGACAAAGACCGACGAGCCUAUUUUCCUUGAAGAAGAACGCGAACGAGAACUCGAAGAACUCUACGAAAGCAACCUUGCGAAUUCUCUCGAAGACGAGACACAAUUGGAUGGCGAGCCGGCCGAGGCCGGCGCCGCCUCUAAGCAAACAAUAUCCACGCUUACAGCAGGAGAGCGCAUAGCAGAAGCUCUUGAACUUGGCCUCGAAGAUCUUGAGCUUGUGCGUGAGUGGGAGCAAAAGAAAAAGUCAAACCCGAAUAUAGCCCCUCCACAGCGCAAUCCUCUUUUCCUUGCACUGGGCAACAUCAGCGCAGAGCGUCACGUCCUCAAUGUUCUUGCCAAGAUUCCAGCUGCUCAGCUUCAUGACGCUCUCCUCGUCCUUCCAUUCUCUGCUCUUCCUUCGUUGUUUACUUUCAUAAGUAUAUGGGUACAACGACAGUGGAAUGUGACUUUGACAUGCCGUGUUCUCUUCUUUAUGCUUAAAACACACCAGAAGCAAAUUGUAGCAAGCAGGGAGCUCAAAGGGAUAUUAGAAGGCAUGAGAGCUGACUUGCGAGCAAUGCUGAGCAGUAUGAAGGAUCUCAUCGGCUUCAAUGUUGCAGCUGUCAGAUUUGUUGGUGAGAGGGUUGAUGAAGCAGGCAUCGUCCGUAUAGAAGAUGUGGAAAGAGUGGAAGCGGAACGCGAGAAGAGUGGAGUGAAAAGGGCCUUUGUAGACGUUGCAUAAUAGGAGGUCAAUCAUUUUGAUUAUACGGUGUCAGGGUUCAAAUGAUCAGUUCUUUUUUAAGCAAUAUCCUUCAUAUACCUUCGUCCGUAUCGAUAUGUCCUUAUCACAAAAAAGUUCUUCUCCC